AUGGGACAAACAGACAUUCCCCCACCCCACUGCCCGCCUUGGCUCAUCCCAGCCUCAACUGUCCUCCUCGCCCUCGGCAUCCUCCUCUGGCUCCUCACCUACAUCCUCAUGACCCCCCGCUCCCUAUCCACCAAAUCCUCCCCCAUCCCCCUCCUCGCCCUCUCCGUCAACCUCUCCUGGGAAAUAAUCUUCGCCCUCUACGUGACCGAACACAUCCUCGAGCGCGCCGGCUUCGUCCUCUGGCUACUCUUCGACGUCGCCAUCAUCCACGUCACGCUGCGCGCGGCGCCCUACGAGCGUCCGCCCUUUCUGGCGCGGAACUUGGGGACGGUGUUGGCGGCGAUGGUGGGCGUGGGUUGUUUGGCGCAGUGGACCGUUGUGGUUUGGUGGGUGGAAGUGCCGGGGAGGGGACAUGGGGAUAAGAGGGGGAAGUGGUGGGGUGGGGUGGAGGGGAUUGAUACGACGGAGUUGGCGUACUGGACGGCGGGGGUUGCGCAGGUUUUGGGGAGCGGGUUGAGUUUGGGGGAUCUGGUGAGGAGGGGGCAUUCGGGGGGGACGAGUUAUGGGAUUUGGCUCGCUCGAACCAUCGGCUCCCAGUUCGGCCUCACCCUCAACUCCGGCAUCCUCUGGAGGUACUGGCCCGAAGCCCACGCUUACUACCUUACCCCUCCAUCCCUCUUCAUUCUCGGGGCUACGACUGCGUUUGACCUGCUCUACGGGGCGGUCCUUUGGUACGUGAAGAAGACGGAGAGGCAGCUGCCCGAUGGGAGGCUUGUGGCUGGGGCUUGGCAUGGUGGGAGUCCUGGGGAGGCCGAUAAGAAGGUCCAGUAA